AUGGAGCCCGGUGUUUGGAAUCCUAGGAAUGCUUCCGAGGACUUUGUCAUGCUUGGCUUUUCGAACCAGCCAGAAUAUGAAGUCUUUCUUUUUUGGGUAUUUCUGGUCAUGCACUUGGUCACUCUCUCGGGGCACUUGUUCAUCGUGGUCGUGACGUUGGUUGAGCCCACCCUCCACACCCCCAUGUAUUUCUUCCUCCGCAACCUCUCCUCUAUCGAGAUCUUCUACACGCUGGUCAUUGUCCCCAAGAUGUUGGUGAAUUUCUUAGCCAGCAGCCGGAAGGUCUCCUUGUCAGCGUGCGCCACGCAGAUGUAUUUCUUCAUAGCUUUGGGCACAUCGGAGUGCUUCCUGCUGGCGGUGAUGGCCUACGACAGGUAUGUGGCCAUAUGCAAUCCUUUGCACUAUACUGUCAUCAUGAACUGGACGCUCUGUCUCCAGUUAGUAGUGGGGGUCUGUGCUACCGGCUUCGUCCUCUCCCUGGGACUCACUGCGCUGAUCUUCAGGCUGCCCUUCUGCAGUUCUCACGAAAUCAAUCACUUCUUCUGUGACAUCCCACCAGUGCUCUUCCUGGCAUGUACUGACACCCACACCGAUGAGAUUUUGGUCUUCGGCAGGAAGAAGGCCUUCUCCACCUGCGCUGCCCAUCUGGUGGUGGCUGUCCUCCACUACGGCUGCGCCAUUUUCAUCUACAUCCGGCCCAAGGCCAGCUACUCCCUGGAGCAAGACAAAGUGGUCUCUCUGGUCUACACCAAUGUCACACCUAUGCUAUAUCCCAUGAUCUACAGUCUCCGGAACAAGGAAGUGAAGGGAGCUUUGAGGAAGGUUAUAGGGAACAAAGUCUCAUUUCACACAAAAAAUUGA